GUUUUGCUUUCUCCCAUCUAGCUGGUGGGGACGAUGCAGCCUACAGGAGGAAGGUGGACAGUCUGGUGUCAUGAUGUGACAACAAUAAACUCACCCUCAGCACAGACAAGACGAAGGAUAUGAUGGUGAACAUGAGGAAGGAGAGGACACCCUCAGCUUGAAGUGGAAAGAGUCAGCAGCUUCAAAUACCUGGGCGUCCACAUCAGUGAGGACCUCAUUUGGACACUCAACACCACACGGCUGGCCUUCCUGAGGAGGCGAAGGAAGCUUGGCACUCAGCAGCUUCUACAGCUGCAUUAUUGAGAGCAUCUUGACCAGCUGCAUGCAUCACCGUGUCACUGCUCAUUAAGAAUGCAAACACCUGCAUAGAGUGGUGAAGACUCACCAGGACUCUACCUCUGUCUCUGCAGAGCAAAUACCACCACAGAAUCCACAGGAGAGCUGCCUCCAUCCUCAAAGACCCCACCCAUAGCUGGUACAGACUGUUCACACCUCUACUCUCAACCCGGAGGUACAGAAGUGUCACAAGACUGAAGAAGUCUUUCUUUCCCACUGCUAUCAGACUCUGAAACAGCAGCCUAUAAUCAUGGACUACCUAAUAACAGCUUGCUGUCUGCUGCACAUUACCUGCUGAUUAUUGCAUUACUCCUUAUCUUGUACAGUCCAUUACCUUAAUUUUCUGUUUUUCCAUUAGAUUGUUUUGCUAUUUUUAAAUUUUAUUUCUGUUUAUCUUUUUGUGUUUCAAACGUACAUUUAUAUUUAGUUUAGAGAAGACUUUUCGCAACACAUGGAAUUGAAAUGUUUACAUUAAACUCAGCCUGUGAUGUGCAGUUUUUGCUACCAGUUAUGAAAAUGAACUCCAGCUGUGUGUGUGCAAACUGUCUUUUGUACAUGGGAAAGUAAAGCACACUUUGUGCAGAUGAUGUCCUGUUGGUUUUGUGGUAAACCACAUAGAUGAGGCUCUUUUAAUAUCUAUGAGGAGGGCUGGUUCAUUCUGUGGUAUGUAUGUGUCCCUCACAGAGUUUCAGUCUUUAUUCCUGACAGACUGAAGGUGCAGAAACAUGAAGUGGAUUGUCCACCUCACUGUGGUUCUUCUGAACAUUCUCUGGGUCGCCUUCUUUUUAACAGAUCCUUUAGCAGUGUUUGUCCAGAGAAGAAGCUCCAACAGCUCUGAUGAGGAGAUGAAGGUCGGAGAGUUUUGUCUUCAGCCUCCAUCUGAUAAAAUGUGGACAUCAACUCCAGGACCAGCUGACGUCCCCACUGAUAAAACCAGAAUGACAUCGGAUGUUUACGCUGCACCAAAGACAGCAGCAGGUGAACCUCCUUCAACUUCUUCCACCAUCAGAGACUUGAAUGAGGCGACUACAGCUCCUCCAACUGUCCAGACAUCAACUUCCUCAGAGGUGACUUCAGUGAUUUCUAGCAGCACAUCAGAAGCUGCUCCUGUUCCACAGACGGAGAUAUGGGAUGAACAGUAUCAUGACAGUUGCUGUCCUGUGGUUACCACAGCAAAAGUACCACUGAAAGUCAAUCCUUUCCAAGGUUCUGUCCCAAGAAGAGAGGAACGGCACCAGUGGUCUUCUGGGUCGUCAAAUCUAGUACCAGACACCUGCUGCUUCUCAUACUACCCGAGAAGAAUAAAGAAAGACCUCAUUGUCAGAUAUUACAUGACUGAUAACUGUUGCACCAAGCCUGCAGUCAUUUUGGUCACACAAAAGUCUCGUAACAUCUGUGCGGAUCCAAGUCUCUCCUGGGUCAAGGGCAUCAUGAAAAAUAUCGACCACACCACCUAUUAAAUUGUCCUGCUUCUGUUGCUUCAUCGAAUCACAUCCUAUGAAAUGC